CGGCCCUCGGCGGGAGCGGCUUCUGGAGCCGCAUCUUUCUGGAAGGGAGAUAGCGUCUCCCGGGCCGGACACCCGGACUCCCGAGAAACCCGGGGCAAGCCUCGCACAGGGCCUCAGCUUUUUCCUCUGUGGAAUGGGGACCAUUCAUUUGCUCAAGCAAUAUUGCGUGCCAGUGUUGUGCCAGGUACUGUUCCAGGCGUCAGGCAUAACUACACGGUUUUUGCUGUGGAGUUCACGGUUUAAGAGUUUCGGAGCGGGCAGGAAUAGUAUAAAUAAGCAAUUUCAUAUUUCAAAAAAUGCCAUGAGAAAAGUAAAGAAGUGAUAGUGAGGAGUGAUAUGUAAGCUGGUACUUGAAGCCAAGUCACCCUGAGAGACAUGGAGGCAGAGGAAACUGCCGUGAGGCAGAGGAAACUGCCGUUGAGUCCGAAGAGCCUGGCCAGUUGGAUAAAAGAAAGAAGGCGGAGGGAGCGGCCAGGGAGAGGGCGAGGAGCUGGAGACGGAGGCCCCACCCAGCCGGAGACCAAAGCGCCCAGCACUGUGGACCCUGAAACUGAUCUCCGGUGGAAAACAUCAGAACAGCGGUGGUUUGUGCGGAGGUUGGACCUGCCUGGAAGGGGCUCGAGGGAACCUCCCAGAGCGAGGGAAAAACACCUUGAUUAAGGUGUUGAUUACACGGAUGAACACGUUUAUCAAAACUCAGCGAAGAGUUGUGCAUUUUGCUCAAUCCAAGUCCUGGGCACUGUCAAAUGGUUCAACGUGCGGAAUGGUUACGGAUUCAUCAACAGGAAUGACACCAAGGAGGAUGUCUUUGUUCACCAGUUUGAGAACCACUGCUUUGGUGGAAAGCGCUCUCAGUGGGAUUGAGACAGCUAUUAAAAGAAACAACCCAAGGAAGUUUCUGCGCAGCGUUGGAGAUGGGGAGACUGUGGAGUUCGAUGUCGUGGAAGGAGAGAAGGGCGCAGAAGCUGCUAAUGUAACUGGGCCCGGAGGGGUGCCAGUGAAGGGCAGCCGCUAUGCCCCCAACCGACGUAGGUUCCGCCGAUUCAUCCCCCGGCCCCGCCCAGCUGCCCCGCCACCCAUGGUGGCAGAGGCUCCGUCAGGCGGGACAGAACCAGGCCGCGAAGGGGAGCGUGCUGAAGACUCCGGGCAGCGGCCCAGACGACGGCGCCCACCACCCUUCUUCUACCGACGGCGCUUUGUGCGAGGCCCUCGGCCCCCCAACCAGCAGCAGCCCAUAGAGGGCACUGACGGGGCAGAACCCAAAGAGACAGCCCCAUUGGAGAGGGACCAACAGCAGGGAGAUGAGCGGGUCCCCCCACCCAGAUUCCGGCCCAGGUACCGAAGGCCUUUCCACCCCAGGCCACCCCAGCAGCCCACCACAGAAGGUGGGGAUGGCGAGACCAAGUCCAGCCAAGGCCCCACUGACGGUUCCCGGCCUGAGCCCCAGCGCCCACGGAACCGCCCCUACUUCCAGCGGAGACGGCAGCAGCCCCCUGGACCCGGGCAGCCCACAGCCCCGGAGACCUCGGCCCCCAUCAACAGUGGGGGCCCCCCAACCGCCAUACCGGAGUGAUUCCAACUCAAAGGACACCCAGAGCCACCAUCUGGUAUCUGCCAGUUUUUCCAACUGACCUGUAUCCUACCCAGCACCUCCCUCCCCGCUUUCCCACAGUUCAUGACAUCAAAACACCAGCUUUUCCCCUUUUUCCUGGAGACUCAGGAGGGCCAAAGCAACAGCCUUUGGCUUUUUUUUCUCUCUCUCCCUGACCAAGGGUUAAAGGAAGGGAUCCAUCCUUAUUGUUCAGAGGCACCAACUCCCUCCCCUAAAUCAGGCUGAGAAGGAACCAGCCAGCUUUUACCUCUUCCUGGUUGUUUUUCUUUCCCCUCCCAGUUUAUUUUUUGUUUCCCCACUACCCCCUACCUCUGAAGCCAUUUUAUGAACUGUCAUGUGCCACCUGAGCCUCCAGUAAAAACAAAAACAGGC